AUGACCAUAGAUAAUGUAACAUUUUUAGAUAGUUUAAAUUAUUUACAAAUGCCUUUAAGGGCUCUGCCUAAGGCAUUUGGUUUUGACAACAAAAUAACUAAAGGCUUCUUUCCACAUUUAUUUAACACGCCUGAAAACAUCAAUUAUGAGGGACCUCUCCCUGAUAUGAAAUAUUAUUCUCCUGAUGCAAUGCCUAAUAAAGAACGUGAGUCUUUCAUAUCCUGGUAUAAUGAACAGAAACAAGCUAACUAUAUUUUUAAUUUUCAAAAAGAAUUUAUUCACUAUUGUCGUGCUGAUGUUAUAGUGUUAAGGCGAGCUUGCAUAGCUUUCAAAGAUAUGAUACUUAAAUGUGGUAACGUUUGUCCUUUUUCUGAAUGUUGUACAUUAGCAUCGACAUGCUCAAGAAUUUUUCGAAACAAAUUUUUAAAAGCUGAUACAAUUGGUAUCUUACCGCCGCGCGGUGAAUAUCGGUGGUCAUCCAAUCAAUCAUCAACUGCGAUUUCGUGGUUAAUAUUCCAGGAGGAAAAAUGCGGUCACAUUAUAGAUUACACUCCACGACGUAAAAAGAUCUGGUUACCUUGUGGUACAUUAGUCGACGGUUAUUAUCACAAUCCAGAAACUCAAGAAAAAAUUGUAUUUCAAUUCCAUGGUUGUUAUUGGCAUGGCUGUACAAUGUGUUAUCGCGUAAGCAGAUAUCAACAACUUCGUACAAGUGAAACAUUUGAUCAACGUUUAGAAUUAACACGGGCCGCUUCAAACAGAAUACGUUCAACAAGGUAUACUCUUAUUAAGAAAUGGGACUGUAACUUCCGAAAGUUUUUAAAAAAUAAUCCUAGUUUGGAAAUAUCUAUUAAUUCUUACCCCCUAUUACAAAAUACACCUCUUAAACUGCGUGAUGCUUUCUUUGGUCGGCGUAGAGAAAACUUUGUAAUAUUACGUAAUGCUAAUGGAUCCGAAAAAAUUAAAUAUGUUGAUGUAUGUUUACUCUACCCUUACGUAUGCAAAACAGGUAGAUUUCCUGUUGGACACCCUACAAUUCACGUCGGCACUGAAUGUGAUGGAAUUCUUAAAAAUAGAAAGUAUAAAAAAAUAUAA